AUGUGUUCACUGGGGAGAUUCCAUGGUAAAACAGUAAUCGUCACUGGCUCAAGCUCAGGAAUUGGACAAGCUAUAGCUCUUGCUUUUGGUAAAGAAGGCGCAAAUAUUGUUGUGCAUGGCCAGAGAGAGGAGAAAAUUAAGGUAAAAACACAUUUUGUAUAAAUAUUUUAAAAAUUAAAAAUUUUUUUUUUCAAAUUUUUUCGAAAUUUUUUAAAUUUAAAAGUUUUUCAAAAAUUUUUAAACUUUUUUUAAUAUUUAAAUUUUUUAAAUGUUAAACUAACGAAAAUGCCUUUUCAGGAAACUCUAGACCAACUACAAUCAUAUGGAGUCAAUAGUGACAGAUAUUUGGUGGUAAAAGGUCCAAUUCAAGAAGAUGACACUCAAGAUCGGUUGAUAAGUGAAACUCUGAACAAAUUUGGCCAAAUCGAUGUUUUGGUCAAUAAUGCUGGAAUUGCUCAUCAUCCAGAUGAAAAAGAUGCCAAUUCAGUCAAGAGCUUGGACUACAUCUAUCAAGUCAACUUUAGAAGGUGAGUAGGAGGUGGGAAUGAAGAGAACUUUCCGUACAAAUCGAAAAAGGGCAAGAAUUUUUUUUACAAAACAUAAAAAUUUCCAAAGCUAAAAGUGGCAAUAACUUUCUUUACAAAGCUUAAAAUGGCAGUGCAAGCCUAAACUUAAACAUUGUAGUAUCUACAUACUAACUCCAAAAAUAAUCCCCCACCUAUCCAAAACCAAGGGUAAUAUCAUCAACAUAUCAUCUGUUGGCUCAGAGCGAGUAUCAACAGCAGCACUACCGUACACUGUAAUUAAAGCAGCACUAGACCACUACAGUAAAGGAGCAGCUUUACAGUAUGCUAAAGAUGGUGUUAGAGUUAAUAUCGUAGCUCCUGGCUUCAUACCUACAGACUUCCGAGUUAGACAUGGCAUGUCAACCGAUCAGUACCAAGAGACGUACCAUCGAGUAUGCGACAAUCUGGUACCUAUGAAAAGGCUGGGCGAGGCUGAUGAAAUUGCACAAACUGUUCUGUUUUUGGCUAGCCCGGAGGCUAGUUAUACUACUGGAGCUUAUAUUAAUGUAGACGGUGGAUUCUUGGCUGGUGUUCCUAUCGAGACUUGGUUCAAGAAGUAG